CGCUCUGCCCACGCUCAAGAUGGCGCCGCCCUCUGAGGCCUCACCGGAACCUUCAAUAGGGCGGUGCCAUCAGUGACGUAAUUCUUAUUCCGGUGCGUGCCGGAAGUGGCGUUGCCGUGGCGGCCCGGAGCUCGCGGAGCUGGGUCGCCAUGGCCACCAGCCGCUCGGAGGACGAGGAGUCGCUGGCGGGGCCCAAGCGGGGCCCGGCCACCCCCGUGGGGACUGUCCCCAAACGGCGCAGCUCCUCCAGGUUCAUCAAGAGGAGGAAGUUUGACGAUGAGCUGGUGGAGAGCAGCCUGGCCAAGCCCUCCAGGGCCAAGGGGGGUCCCGAGCCCCCCCCCAGGCCCGGGGGGGCCGCAGGGGGGGGAGGGGCGGCGGCAGAGCCCCCCCCCGGGGAGCGCAGGAAGGUGUCGCGGGCCGUGCCCCCCCCGGGCCCCCCCGGGCCCGGCCCCCCCCCGGCGCUGCCCAAGCGCCUCAAGAAGGGCAAACCCAGCCCCGCCCCCCGCGACCUGGGCAGGUGGAAACCCGCGGACGACCUGCUGCUCAUCAACGCCGUGCUGCAGACCAACGACCUGACCUCGGUGCACCUGGGGGUGAAGUUCAGCUGCCGCUUCACCCUGCGGGAGAUCCAGGAGCGCUGGUACUCGCUGCUCUACGACCCCGUCAUCUGCAAGCUGUCGUGCCAGGCCAUGCGCCAGCUGCACCCCGAGGCCGUGGCCGCCAUCCAGAGCAAGGUUCUGUUCAGCAAGGCCGAGGAGCAGCUGCUGACCCGCGUGCCCUCGAGCCCUGUCCCCUCCCUGGACACCUUCCAGGAGCUGCUGCAGCGCCACCCGGCCGUGUUUUACCCUGCCAGGACCCCCAAGGCCCUGCAGCUGCACUGGCAGCUCCUGCGCCAGUACCACCUGCUGCAGGACCAGACAGUGCAGCCCCUCCCCAAGGGGGAUCAGGUCCUGAACUUCUCAGACGCCGAGGAGCUGCUGGACGAUGGCAAACUCAGGGACGUGCGGGACGAGGUGCUGGAGCACGAGCUGACCGUGGCUGACCGGCGGCAGAAGCGCGAGAUCCGGCAGCUGGAGCAGGAGCUGCACCGCUGGCAGGUGCUGGUGGACUCCAUCACAGGGAUGAGCUCCCCGGAUUUCGACAGUCAGACUCUGGCCGUGCUGCGGGGCCGGAUGGUUCGGUACCUGAUGCGCUCCCGCGAGAUCACGCUGGGCAGAGCCACCAAGGACAACCAGAUCGACGUGGACCUGGCACUGGAGGGGCCGGCCUGGAAAAUCUCCCGCAAGCAGGGAGUGAUCAAGCUGAAGAACAACGGGGAUUUCUUCAUCGCCAACGAGGGCCGGCGGCCGAUCUACAUCGACGGGCGCCCGGUGCUGGGGGGCAACAAAUGGAAACUCAGCAACAACUCCGUGGUGGAGAUCGCCAGCCUGCGCUUUGUGUUCCUCAUUAACCACGAGCUGAUCGCGCUGAUCCGCAACGAGGCCGCGCGCCUGGGCCAGCAGUGACAGAGGGGACACCUGGGACACACCUGGGGACAGCUGGGACACGCCUCGGACACACCUGGUCCAGCAGUGACAGAGGGGACAGCUGGGGACACACCUGGGGACACACCUGAGACACAGCUGGGCCAGCAGUGACAGAGGGGACAGGGGGGACACCUGAGACACCUGGGGGACACACCCAGGACUGGGACACGCCGGGGACAGCAGUGACAGAGGGGACACACCUGGGGACACACCGGUGACACCAGUUUGGAACUGGGAACAUCCCAGAGACAGCAGAAAUUCCCGGUUCAGAACUGGGACCCUCCCAGUGCUCCCAGUUCAGCCCAGCCCCAUCCAGGGAUGAAUUUCCCUGGAAUUGCCCCAAAUUCCCCUCCCCCAUCCCAGAAUUUUGGGAUUUUUGUCCCUCCCCCAAGAAAUUCCCGAUUUUUAAAGCUCCAAAGUUUUUAUUGGAUUUGUUCUCGAGUUUUCCUUCAUUAAAGGGGGAAAAAAUUCCCAAAAAAAAACAAA